UUACCAUUCUGAUUUCCUUGGCGUUUGGGCGAAUCAUCUGCAAUUUUGCUAGUGCCAUUUGCCUUGAUUUGCUCGUGGUGACCUACCCGUGUGCGCACGCGGACCGGAGUCCUCGUUAUACCAAAUAUACGCUAGCGUUCUGCGUGAUUUGGGCUGCACGCCCGGCUUGUAGCGGACGUUUGUUUCCUGCACGAGUUUCGCAACAAUUACAUUGUUUAAUUAUUUGUGUGCGCUGAGAAAAGCAAAUCAUAGGAAUGUCUGUAGCUGGCGUGGACGUUCACCACCAUGUAUCAGUGGACCAGCUGAAGCCCGGCGAUCACGUCUACUAUCAUACUGUCGGCUACGCGUUCACGCAUCAUGGUAUAUACGAUGGUAAUGGUUUCAUUAUCCAUCGGCCAUGUGGUGUAGUUAUGGCAUCCAGUGGGCAGGUGCACGUGCCCACACCGAAUCCUAUGGAAAGUGUGCUGACCUCGCUGCGAAUUCGAGGUUCUGCCGGUGGCAGUAGCUCCAGACAGGUGGCGUCAGAAGCAUCGCCAACUACCACUUCCCGGAGUACUGGUGACGAAACACUGAGAAAUGACGAGCCCAAUGCCUCCUCCGGCCCACCGGGGUCAGAAACGACCUCUACUUCAUCGGGAGACGUUGAUGACCCUCCAUCCGAUCAUGAGCCCGCUAGUAACGAUGAAGAUCAACUUCCGAGUGGUGAAGACGAUGGAGAACAUAACGAGGGAGAAGCCAUAGUAGCUGUCGAAGGUGAUGAAGAUGACGGAACCGUGCAUGUUCCCGCUGAGGGUGGAGUUGGCUGCGUGAAGUGUGUGAAAAUCGAAGACUUUGCCGGCCCGCACGACCUGCGCCUCUUCCGCUACGAGCGCAGCAAAGCGCGUUCUAGCGUCGCUCCUACAGGUACAUGCAGUGAAUAUCCUCGCAACGCACACCGUACGUCGGUAGCCCUAGCUCGCUGGUUCCUACGUCACCCCACCGUGUUCAACGAGUACGAUAAGCUAAGUUGGCACUGUGAGCAUUUCGCCACAUUCUGCUGCUCAACCUGGCUGGGUGUGGCGGACAUGGACGAGGCCCUGGAAGCGGGGAACCUAAAACGGUCGUUCCUGCUGGAGAGCAGUAACGCGUUUGGCUCGCAGACCGAGAGCAAGCUGGCCGCGUUGCGCGCCGCGUCACGUGUUCUCAUCAGCCCAAUCAUGCUAGCCUUAGACACGGUCGGUGCCAAGGUGAUCGCCUCGAAAGUGCAGGAGGAUGAUGCCUAGACUGACAGCUGCUGCCCGCCUUAGUCAGUCAUGGUUUGCUGCAGUGCCGGACAUGCCACGGCCACUAUGGGUUUGACCGUGCCACUCUGUGCCCCCGGGUACCCUGGUACCCUAUGAAUUCAUAGAAGGCACUGAUUUGGGCCCUAAUUUCUAAAGUAUUUACAGUAUCCGCCCCAACCCCACGAGUAAGUGCUACUUCUGGUAGCUUAUAGUACCACCCUAAAACAACUUCCCCCAUCCCUGGUUUGUUUGUGCAAGCAAGUAAAGAUUGGACUCUGCGGAAUUCGAAUUGCUUCCCCUGUGUUAGCUCUGCUAUUCGGUGUGUCCACUCAAGUUUAUGAUGGCACCGAACGAAUGAGUUCCAGCGAAUGCCUGUAUGUGUAGUGCCGCUGCGUAAUGAAAUCUAACCGUGAGUGUUUAGUA